CUCCCGCAGCCCUCCCGCCGGCGAGAGGAGCCGGGCGCUGGGGACGGGGUCCCCUCUGCGUCCCCCUUCGCCACUUACCCAGGAAGGAGCCAAAGAAGAGGAGCUGGCCCAGCAGCCGCAUCGCUGCACGCAGCAAUACGCGCCGAAACCGAAACCGAAGCGGACUAACAGGAAGAUGGUUGAGGAUCUGAAGAGAAAGGUGCUCAUUGUUCUUACUGUCCUCCUGCUCCUCAGCUCAGCACAAGCAGGGAGUACAGACAGACUCUCAGGGCAUCAAUGCACUGACUUCCAAACAGCAAAUUUCCUACGGGGCAGUAAACUUAAGGUCCAGUUUCUCCUGUUCACCCACUCAAGUCCCAGCUGUGGGGAGCUGAUUUUAGCUGAUGAUGGAAUCAAGAACUGCAGCUUCAACAGCAGCCUGGAAACCAAGAUUAUAAUCCAUGGCUUCAGGGCUUUGGGUACCAAACCUUCCUGGAUUGAAGGGCUUGUCCAUGCCAUAUUGCACUCAAGCCAGGUGAACGUGAUUGCAGUAGACUGGAUUUAUGGGUCUACAGCAGCCUAUCCCUCCGCAGUGGAAAAUGUCACACUUCUGGCCCUCUCCAUCUCACAACUUAUCAGCAAGCUCCUGGCCCUGGGAGUCUCAGGGACAUCCAUCCACAUCAUUGGGGUAAGCCUUGGUGCACAUGUUGCAGGCCUGGUGGGGCACUUCCAUGGUGGUCAGCUGGGACGGAUAACAGGCCUGGAUCCCGCAGGCCCUAAAUACACCAGAGCCAGCCCUGAGGAACGCCUCGAUCCUGGGGAUGCCCUCUUUGUGGAAGCCAUUCAUACUGAUGCUGACAAUUUUGGGAUCCGUAUUCCUGUAGGCCACAUUGAUUAUUUUGUCAAUGGAGGAAGAGAUCAGCCAGGAUGCCCCCGAUUCAUCUCUGCAGGCUAUAAGUACCUGAUCUGUGAUCACAUGAGGGCAGUACAUCUCUAUGUCAGUGCCUUGAAACAUUCAUGUCUGAUGGUGGCAUUCCCUUGUGCAAGUCAUCAAGAUUUUUUAAACGGUCGUUGCCUGGACUGUGUUGACCCAUUCCUGUACUCCUGUCCCAGAAUAGGUCUGCAGGAACAGGCAGGUGUCAACAUGAGAAAGCUGCCCAAGGAGGUGAAAGUUUAUUUAAUGACCAGUCCCUCAGCCCCAUUCUGUGUCCAUCACAGCCUGGUUGAGUUCCAUUUGCAGAAGACAAGAAACACAGUCACCAGCAUUGAGAUAACUUUCUUCAGCAACAGCACCAAGGACACAGCGAAGAUCACCAUACCUAAGCACCAGGAGAUGGGCAAACGGCUGCUGGCCCACAGUGUUCCCCUCUGCCAGAUAAACAGGGUGACACUGAAGUACCUCCCCAAAAGUCAGUUUUGGAGGAAGGAUGAAUCAUUCAUUGUCGGCAAGUUCUGUGCAGCUCCGCUGCCUCUUGCCAGCAACAGGACCACAUCAUGCCUGCCCUGGAACCUCACCCUUCCCAGCAAAACAGACAUCUCCUACGAGCUGCCCACUGCUUGUGCCUAGCACUGCCUUUGGAGCUUGCAGGCAUACCCAAAAUCAGAAAGGAGCCCUGAAGAUACUGCUGUGCUCUCCUCACAGGCUAUAUUUUCACCAUAAAACUGGAUGAUUAUUUUUUUUUAGUUCCUGUAUUAUCAUAGAAUCACAAAAUGGUUUGGGUUGGAAAGGACCUUAAAGAUCAUCUAGCUCCAAAACCCCUGUCAUGGACAGGGACACCUCCCACUAAACCAGGUUGCUCAAAGCCCCAUCUAGCCUGCCCUUGAACACUUCCAGGGGGACAGGAUGUCAAAAUGGACAGGCUUCCAUUAGGGACAGGAUGUCAAGGAAAAGAAGUGUGUGGCAGACUGGCAAGUACAAGGUUGGUUGGUCACAUCAGGACCUCUCAGUUAAAAGACUGGAUUGGGACUUAUCUCUUAUGGAUUCUGUACCCAGCUCUAAAAGUGAGAUGGGCAGGUCAUUUAAUCUCAAGGUUCGGAUCUGUAUGAAAGAAGAAGAUACCACUUUUCCUACAAGAAGAGUAUUGGGAUGAUUAAUUUGUGUUUUAUAUUAAAGUGUCCCGAGAACUUCAUAUUAAGAAUUAGAAAUAUUAUUUCUCCUCAUCAAGGGGAAACUGUGUGGUUCAGCUUUGGCAGCAGAUGGAGUCAUUGUUAGCCAAUGCUUUAAUGGGAAACUCUAGUCCUAUCUACAAUACACUUUGAGAGUAAGACCCUAUUGAUUUCAUGUUAGUGCUCCUGCUAAACAAUCAGUAUUAAUAUCCUUCCUGUGACAAGCCUGGAGCAGCUCCUCUGGUUGUUGGCUCUUUGAAGCUCACAUGAAGUGAAACAGAUACCAGGAACAUGGCAGUGCUCUUGCAUCCAAUUUUGUACUGCUUUGAACAACUGUCAAGAAUAGAAGGUAACGGGAGUAGAAUGGAGCUUUGUAGCUACAGGGCCACCUAACACAAAUUAACCCCAGGAACUCCACACAGCCUUUCAGACCUGGAAAAGCAGCCAAGAUUUUGAAAGAAUUGGUGAAAGAGUACAACAUGAGAGACACGUACAUAGAAACAGCCCUCACCCAUCCACACCUUUUCCACCACCUUGAUGCACAUGCAAAUUCAAGAGGAGAAAGUAUUACAACACUUCUGCCAAGAAACCACAUCUUCUGUAUACUGGUUUCUCUGGUUCCCUGGACUGGCUUCACUUGGUGACAGAGAAAUGCACCAGGAACACCAUGGUCAGGAGAAGGACAUGACAAAGGCACUUCUGCUGUGAGGAAGCCUCAGACAUUUGGCAUGAACUGUCAGUACUGCUCCACUAGACUGUGUCACUGCAGAGUUACCUCCUGCUUUCAGCUCACAUCCAAGCUUUUGGUCCUUACCAUGUGGCUGUUUGGAAGCCCAGGUAACAAACAUCAUCUCCAGUAUGCACUCAGGAGAGGGUUCGAGCUGGGUUCUGGCAACCUGACAGAGAUCCAGGUUGGUUGGUGCCAUAACUGAAGAGUUUCCAGGGAGCUUCUUGUUGAAGACUGAAAUAUAACCUCAGCAGACACCUGUGAAGGGCAGUGUGUAAUUCAGCCCAACCCAGUCCACUGCUUCAGGGAGGCGCAUAAAGCACCGCAGUGGACACAGUUGCAUUGUGCAUUUCAGUUCCUUUGCAGAAGGGACCCCAACAGCUCUCACAUGAAUUUGCUGGAGACAUUUCCUAGCUGUGAAAGGCAAUGGGGUCAGGAUGAAGCAAGAAUGCAGCAGCACAGCAUGGCAACAACCAUUAGGAGGAUGAUUCCCGGGCCUGGGGCAGCCCCGUUCUCGUGCCCCGGGGGGACAGCGAAGGCGAGCGGCGCGAGGAGCCGCGUACGCCGUGGAUCCCACACACACACCACUUCAGAGGCCUCUCCAGACCUCAGCAAGACAGCCAGGUCCCGAGGGCACAGGUCUCACCCGGCCGAGACUUGCAAGAUGCCAAACUGGUGUCUGAGCCCCAGCACCUGUGUAAGCAGCGCAAGGCAGGUAGGGCUGCCUCCAACAGCUGGGGCUGACCCAGAGCCAGCUCCACAUGCAGGGUAGCCAUAGCCCUGUCUGUCUGUGCCAGGAGACACUGAAGAAUGCCCUGCACUGUGUGUGCUGAUGGAGGGACUGAUGCUUCUCCCUCCUUCCCGAGAUUUCUGGAGCCUGGAUAGGCCCUUACCCUCACUGCUCAGCUUGUUUGCACCAGGUUCUGUGGGACAGAGGGUUCCUCUCUCAGUACUGUCAUCUCCAAUUUCCUGACAGAGGAACUGGCUGGAGAAGCUUGUCAGCCAAGGCCUGUUGCAGCUGAGCUUGGAAGAGGCUUUCCAUCUCCACACUGUUUUCACCUAGGAUAUUGCACUUCUUCCUACCUCACCAGAGAUGUUUUGUACUCACUCAUUUCUUCACUCAGUGUACGCAUCCUGAGAUCAUCCUCAUUGAGCAUGUUAAAAAAAAAAGGGUUCAGACUCUCCUUCUUGCCUACACCUGCCCCCAGUCCCAAUUCCUCCUCUUUCUUAUUCCAAAUGAAUCGACUCAACCAACCAACCAUUCACCAGAAUUUGGUAGCUUCUUUGAGAAGUCAUGCUUGUCAUACAUGAGAAAUCCUAAAGAUAAUUCCUGGUCUUUCUAGAGUGGAUGCCCAGUGAGAUGCACGAUACCAAAUCUCAGUAUCAUGCUCCCCAUUACAAGCCCGUUACCGAAGCCAUCAGGCAGCCCGUUUUCCUCUGUCCCUUCACCCCCUGUGCCUUGAGAUCACCUCAACCAUUUCAAAACCUGUUACCUCCCUCUCCAAACCCUCAAACACCAGUAGUUUCAUCUCUGACUUUAAUAGGAAUCAUUAAAUCAAAGAGAACACAGGUUCUGCCAGCAGGCUUGGGAUCGCGAUAUCGGUGUACCUUGGUAUCAGAGCCGCCGACACGCCUCAGAGAGGCAGGACUAGAACACAAACCGGGGAGGCACACUGGGGCAGGCAGCUCUGGUGAACAGCCGUGGGGGUGGGAGGUGCUGGAGUGUUACACUGCAGUCUCACUCGUGUCCUUCAUGUGCUUCUGAGUGGACAUGUCUGCAGGCAGACAUCUCGGUGCUUGCUAAAGAGUGUCUCUCUGGUCAGAAACCUGUGUGAGCAUAUGCUUCCUUGGAGGGACUUUGGGAUCAAAUCAGCCUGUUGUUCCCUAGAGUUCUGGGGUCUGAGUGGGAGCCAGAGGGGCUCGUCCUUUGCAGAGAGGGUGAGGAGAAUUCUGGAGAUGGUUUCCAGAGGCUGCAGAAGGAAAGCAAUGGAGGAGGGAGGAAAAUAAGAGCAGAGAGGGGAAUGGUAGAGGGCGGGGGAGGGAAAGAGAAAGAGAGCACCAUUAUUAUCAAAGGAAUAAAUUUUACUUCCAAAAUUUUCCAAGACCCAAGCCUCAAGGAGCCCACCGUUACCUGUCCUUCUGCCCACCCCUAUAAAUUAGCAUGCAAAACGGUGUCAUUCUUCAACAUGUGAAAAACUGGAAAAGGGCCAGUUCCAGAAAACAGCCAUCCUGAGACUGCAAAAACCAACCCCUCCAAAGCACCUCCUGUGGUAUCAGUGAAACAAAGCCCACAGCUCCUUCGAUGUUGCUCUCAAAGCAACUGUAAAACAAUUCCUACAAACCUGGAUACCAAGCUACAGUCCAAGCAUCCAUCCAUUCAUCUGCUCACCUCAGUCACCCAAUAGAAAGCCAGCCGCAAGAUGUAACUGUACAAAACUAAGUAGCAGCAGCCCCACAUCUGGCAAGCACUUGAUAACAAUGAACUAGAUCAUCUGCAGUAUGAAAAGGGGAAAAGCAGGUGGCUUUUGGUUGUUUGAAUUGUCAUGCAGAGAAUAAAGUUUAGUUUGCUAUGGGGCAUUGAACUACACAGCAGUACACUGUUAAAACAAGUUCUGAGCAGAACCUUUGAACCUGCCUCUUUUAUACAGGCAGCCUGUAAUUUACUGAAAUACCUCCCCUCCUCAGAGAGAGAAUGUGCUCAUCAGUAGCAUCUUAGUCUGUCUUGCUUGUCAGCAGAGUAGAAACUCUUUCAAGGAACUAGACUGUAAGACUAGUAGACCAAUUGUGUCCUGGGACUAUUUUGUUAUGCACAGUCUUCACAGAAUCACAGAGUCAUUCUGGUUGGAAAAAAACCUUUAAGAUAAUUGAAUACAGCCAUAACCUAACUCUACCAAGUCCAGUGCUUCAACCAUGCUCCUACACAGUACUUCGGGCAUUCAAGAGUUGCCUCCGGCCCUGUGGCAUAGCAAGGUGACCACAGCAGUGACAGAAAAUGAAAAGGAACGUGAUCCAUAGAAGCACGUCAGCAUGGGGAAUUUAGAGAACUGGAAGGUGAUUACCCAGUUGAGAAGUUGCUGGGGAAGGAGAUGAGAGCACAGACAUGGGGAAAGCCCCAGGGGAGCGCUGACCUCUGGGACCGCAGCUACCACUUAUUUCAAACAAUGACACUGGAGGUCCCUGCUCACUAUGGAUGUUUUCACCACUUCUAGAGGAAAAGUUACAAAAGUGCUUUCCCUGGGCCAUGGCAGACCUGCUCAGAUCACCUGCUGAGCUGUGAAAAGUGCCUGGCCAGAAAGGAAAACUGCAGCCCUGCUGUAUCACUUUUUUUUGCUGGCUGGGCACUCAAGUCACUGUGGAAUGCCGUCCGGACGUGACGACUGCUGUUGUGCUGCAGGGACGUGAUGUGAUUAGGAUACCCAAGUGCUGGGCAGAUUAACAAGGAAGUGCUGGUUCCACUGCUAUGGACACAGUAAACACAGUUUGUGUUUCCUUGUCUGAGUAUCUUAGAAAUCAAAAUACCACACUGGCUGUUGUCUACAGACUGAGAGACAAGGAAGAUAAUCCUGCUCUCCCACCACAAAUACUGGCCUCUGAAACAUUUAGGAUUUUAUCACAGGUCUCUACUGCAAGUAUCAGCACGCCUUGAUAGUUCCUCAUUCACAAGAUCUAAAAACCCAAAAGCUUCCAGCUUCCAACAUGUUCUAAAAGGACUGUGUGAAAGAAAUAAUAGUUUUGUGCUGUGUAGCACAAGGUUUCUCCAACACACACCCCCCUCUUGCAUGAUUGUUCACAGUGUUGACUCAUUACCAAAACCAGGUGGAAACAACUCAAAAAAAGCAACAGUGUCCCUUGCCUUCUCCUUUGUGUAAUUGUAUUUGAAAUUCUGAUAUUAUUGAGCCUGAUCAACCAGGAUAAUUCUGCCAGUGACCUGAGAGUAGCUGUCUUUCUGCUGAGAAGACAAAAUACCAUCAUUGGCAAAAUGACUUCACCAUGUUUACAACACUAGCUGCAUUCAUUUUUUAUUCUAUCUACUCAACAGAUGUGCCUAACAGUUAGGAAGAUAGCUGUCUCAUAAAUGAUUCCUGCCUCUCCAAGCAAGGACUGAAAAAGCUACAAAUGCAUAUCACCAGCAGUCUAGCAGCAAAACCAGGAACUUCCCAUUCCUAACAUUUCUCAUCUAAAAUAAGGAUUUUUUUUUUCUUUCUCUGCCACUUGUGUUAAAAAAAAAAAAAAAGUAAGAAAGAAAAAGACAACAAAGAAACAAAAUUAGCAAAAUUCUUGCUGACUUCUUAGCUGAUCCAAGCAAACCCAGAUACUAUUGUUCCUUCCCUGGCCAGUUUCUUUGUAUCCCAAAUUUAAAGUUUGGAGGCACGGAAGCAGUACAUGAACAAGCACAUGACUCAACUGAAAGCAGAACUGUAUAAAACAGGAAGAUCUUCCAGUUCCACAAAUUUCAAAAACUAAGAACAGCAACUGGAUGAAACAGCAAGAAAGGCCUCCUCCACCAGAGGCCUACUGCAAAUAGCAAGUGCUGUCUGACCCAGCCAGCCUUUUCAUUUAGAGCACUUAGGAGGGAUGGUCCCCUUGCAGUCACAGCAGUGAGGCUUGUGCACAAGCACUGCAGGGGAGGGAAAAUCACUGCAGACUUGUCAGGGUUUGUUUGUGCUAGGAGUCACUGUGUCCUGCCUCAUGCUCUCUGCCAGUGAGUCCACAGCCCAACCAUUUGCAGCCCAGAAGAAGGCUGCUGGGAAGAUCAGAGUGCAAUGGUGCACCAUGUUCAAGGAUGCCUGUCUCAAAGAUGGUCUCGCUAGCGGCAGCCCAGCCCUGCAACUUUCUUCCUGCCAGACAGACCAAAAUGGGACACAUGCAGCUCCCGGGACAGAAAUCCCAGUCCCAGGGUUGGUGUCUGGCAGCUGGAUGCCAGAAAGCAGCUGUUAUGGAACAGUGGCAGGAAUGCACGUUUCAGGGUCUGCAGUUGGUGUGCAGCAGCUGGCUAAAAGUAGCUCAGUGUGGAAUUCUUCUCUUGGCCACUUGAAGUUGAAUUUCAAGUAUGAGCUACCCUCCCAUCUGUUUGUUUCCUACACUGCUCCUCUGCCCCAACAUCCACCAUGUCCCAGAAUUUUUCUCUUGCAGGGUAAAGAGUUUGUAUUUUGUAAGAGAGGAUCUCGUUCCCACUCACUGGAAAGCAGAGUUUGAGGAGUGUCAAAGCAAUGCUUAGCCUGUCAGUCCAACCAGGGUCACUGGAGGCAAGCGCUGUACCACACAGGGCAGUCUUUCCAAUAUCUUACUGAUCUGGCUGAGCCAAAGCUCAGCUAAAUGGAAGACAGAGCAAACGCUGGGAUGAGUGGUGAUGGGGAGAGGGAAGAAAGUCUCUGGGUUUUCUGACCCUGCCCAGAUUGAGCACUUGCAAGGUGUACAGCAACCCCCCAUUAUCAAUCCACUGUACACCCUGGAGCUGUUUCUACCCCUGUCAGCAUCUCCUGGGUUGUCUGCUCUCUCACAUGCAAAUGUUUUCCUCAGCUCAGUCUUACAGUAUCUCCAGGUACAGCAUGACAAGCCAACUCAAGCCUUGUGGGGACUCUGUGAGCACUUGUGUACCAUGUGCCAGACUGGACACUAUUCCAGUUUCACUGCCUCCCCUGACAGACGGAGAGAGGACAGGGCAGGGAACAGCUUCCUAUGGCUGGGUAACCAUCCCUUCCACCCCACAGUGAGGCUGAUGCCUGGAUUCAAGCCUUCAUCCCACUGCUCCUCCUUAAGAAAAUCACACAGCUGGAGCCAAUCUCCUGGGACUUGAGGCAGGAGGCAAAUAAAACACUGUGGAGGAGUAAAUCCACAGCAAAAAAGGAUGAGAGGCUGUGGGCCACUGCUCUGCCCAGGCAGUUGCAUGGCAGGAGGGACUUGCUUCCACAAGCAGGUACUUACGCAGGGGUCCCACACAGGGUGAGGUGUGCCCGUGCCAGGAGUGCCCUCACUUCAUAUACUCCCCUUCGCUCACAUAGUCCAUAAAAGACCCCGGCAACUCAGCAAAAUCUUCCAAGACAAGACUGGUGGAGUCCUCACCCAGCAGGUCACUGUCAGGACGGGAUGACCGGGAGCGUGGAGCCGGCGGUGGCGGUGGUGGUGGCUGUGGAGGGGGCUCGGAAGUGCCAGCCUGGCCAGAGGCAGGUGGUGGCUCCUCGCAGUCCUCUGGUUCCCCGUCAGAGGAGGCUGGCCCGAGGACGUGGUAGAGGCUGGGCAAGCGGAUGUCGAAGCGAAGGCCAAACUUGGUGAAGAGCUUCUCAUUGAUGGAGUAGAGCUUCUCCGAGAUGUCGUAGCCCAGGUGGGAGGAGAAAAGCCGAGCAACAUAGCGGUCCUUCCUCAGGAGGAGAUACAGCUUCUUCCUCGGCCAGGUGAUGAAGCUGCAGUCAGUCUCGGCUGUCAGUGUGACCUGUGAGGCAGGGAGGGAGCAAAGUAAGCCCUACCACCCAGGUAGGGGUCACCUACCUUGGGGCUGCAUGCUUCUCUCCAGUGCAUGACCCCAGCCCCUUUGACGCCUGCUCUCUCUGGAGGCAAAGGAGCUGACGAGCCAGGUCACUCAAGCCAAACAACUGCAUAAAUCCGUACCUGCCUCUGCUUCCCCACCCCAAGGAGACAGAGAUCAGGUUUUCCUAUGCAAUUAUCUGCAUGCCCUUGCUUCAUUGCUGAAUGGCCUUGGAGGAUGCACAGCACAGCUCAGUGAGAGAGGAAAUAAAAGAAUUUUACUGCCUCUGUGUGUAAGUAAGGAACUUCUACCUGAGAUUUUAUUGGGUUGGUCUUAGAGAACAUUUAUUUUUGCUUCGGGUUUUGCCAUUGUGGACAAAGCCAUUUCCCCUCCUAGCUCUAAGACUAGUCUAAUAAUAAUAAUAAAAAUAAUUAUACAGUA